AUGAACAAAGCGCCAAAGUGCACAGAACGACAACACGUGUCUCCGUGGGGCAGACGGGGGCCUCCGGUCCGGGGAUCUGAGGAUCUGGGCGCGCUCACGCUCCGGGCGCGGGAGGCCUGGGACCCCAGGAGCCUCGCGCGCGGGGCGGGGCCCAGGGAGGCGGGCCGGGCGUCCUCGCCGGGUCGCCUCCGGGAAGUUGGGUCGUCGGGCGGCCUGGGACACUCCGUGCCCGGCGUGCGCUCGGUGGGAGCCACAGCCCGCGGUGCCAGAGGGAGGUGCAAGCUGGAGUUCAGGAAAGUGGCCGACCUCCCUGCCCCAAAGUCGGUGCCAGAGCGGGGACUUGAACCCCUGUUGGUGGGAUUCCACGCUGACUGUUCUCUGCCCAUGGUGUCUUGGCUGGUGUCCUCACACCUCGCUGUGGCUGUCAGCGAAGUGUGCCCCAGCAUGGACAUCCGGAACAACCUCACCCGGCUCCACGAGCUGGAGAACUGCUCCGUCAUCGAAGGCCACCUGCAGAUCCUGCUCAUGUUCAAGACGAGGCCCGAAGACUUCCGCGACCUCAGCUUCCCCAGGCUCACCAUGAUCACCGACUACCUGCUGCUCUUCCGCGUCUACGGGCUGGAGAGCCUCCGCGACCUGUUCCCCAACCUCACGGUCAUCCGGGGCUCGCGCCUCUUCUUCAACUACGCGCUCGUGGUCUUCGAGAUGGUGCACCUCAAGGACCUGGGCCUGCACAGCCUCAUGAACAUCACCCGGGGCGCCGUCCGUAUCGAGAAGAACAAUGAGCUGUGCUACCUGGCCACCAUCGACUGGUCGCGCAUCGUGGACUCGGUGGAGGACAACUACAUCGUGCUCAACAAGGAUGACAAGGAGGAGUGUGGGGACAUCUGCCCGGGCACUGCCAAGGGCAAGACCAACUGCCCGGCCACGGUCAUCAACGGGCAGUUUGUGGAGCGCUGCUGGACCCACAGCCACUGCCAGAAAGUCUGCCCCACGGCUUGUAAGUCGCAAGGCUGCACGGCCGAGGGUCUCUGCUGCCACAGCGAGUGCCUGGGCAACUGCCUGGAGCCCGACGACCCCACCAAGUGCGUGGCCUGCCGCCACUUCUACCUGGACGGCCGCUGCGUGGACACCUGCCCGCCCCCCUACUACCACUUCCAGGACUGGCGCUGUGUGAACUUCAGCUUCUGCCAGGACCUACACAACAAAUGCAAACAUUCGCGGAGGCAGGGCUGCCACCAGUACGGCAUCUUCGACAACAAGUGUGUCCCCGAGUGUCCCUCCGGAUACACCAUGAACUCCAGCAACCUCAUGUGCACCCCGUGCCUGGGACCCUGCCCCAAAGUCUGUCACAUCCUGGAGGGCGAGAAGACCAUUGAUUCUGUGACGUCCGCUCAGGAGCUCCGAGGGUGCACUGUGAUCAACGGGAGCCUGAUCAUCAACAUCCGAGGAGGCAACAACCUGGCCGCCGAGCUAGAGGCCAACCUUGGGCUCAUUGAAGAGAUUUCAGGGUAUCUCAAGAUCCGCCGCUCCUACGCUCUUGUGUCGCUCGCCUUCUUCCGGAAGUUACGUCUGAUUCGAGGAGAGACCCUGGAAGUCGGGAACUACUCCUUCUACGCCUUAGACAACCAGAACCUACGGCAGCUCUGGGACUGGAGCAAACACAACCUCACCAUCGCUCAGGGGAAACUCUUCUUUCAUUAUAACCCCAAACUCUGCUUGUCGGAGAUUCACAAGAUGGAAGAAGUUUCUGGAACCAAGGGCCGUCAGGAGAGAAACGACAUUGCCCUGAAGACCAAUGGGGAUCAGGCAUCCUGUGAAAAUGAAUUACUUAAAUUCUCUCACAUCCGGACAACAUUUGAUAAGAUUCUGCUCAAAUGGGAGCCGUACUGGCCCCCCGACUUCCGAGACCUCCUGGGGUUCAUGCUUUUCUACAAAGAGGCGCCCUACCAGAACGUGACGGAGUUCGACGGGCAGGACGCGUGUGGUUCCAACAGCUGGACGGUGGUGGACAUCGACCCACCCCAGCGGUCCAAUGACCCCAAGUCGCAGGUCCACCCCGGGUGGCUGAUGCGGAACCUUAAGCCCUGGACGCAGUACGCCAUCUUUGUCAAGACCUUGGUCACCUUCUCCGACGAGCGCAGGACGUACGGGGCCAAGAGUGACAUCAUCUAUGUCCAGACGGAUGCCACGAAUCCUUCCGUCCCCCAGGACCCCAUCUCGGUCUCUAACUCAUCAUCCCAGAUUAUUCUGAAGUGGAAGCCUCCCUCCGAUCCCAAUGGCAACAUCACACAUUACCUGGUGUUCUGGGAGAAGCAGGAGGAGGACAGCGAGCUGUUUGAGUUGGACUAUUGCCUCAAAGGGUUGAAGCUGCCCUCUCGGAACUGGUCGCCCCCGUCCGACUCAGAGGACGCUCAGAAACACAACAAGAGCAACCACGAGGAUUCGCCUGAGUGCUGCUCCUGCCCCAAGACGGACUCCCAGAUCCUGAAGGAGCUGGAGGAGUCCUCCUUCCGCAAGACCUUCGAGGACUACCUGCACAACGUGGUCUUCGUCCCCAGAACUACCUCUUCAGGCCCUGUCGUGGAGGACCCUAGGCCGUCUCGGAAGCGCCGGGCCCUCAGUGACGCAGAGAACGUGACGGUGGCCGUGCCCACGGUUCCGGGGUUCCCCAACACCUCCUCAUCCAACAUGCCCACCAUCCCGGUGGAGCCGCGGCCCUUUGAGAAGGUGGUGAACAAGGAAUCGCUGGUCAUCUCCGGCCUGAGGCAUUUCACCGGCUAUCGCAUCGAGCUGCAGGCUUGCAACCAGGACGUGCCUGGGGAGAGGUGCAGCGUGGCAGCCUACGUCAGCGCCAGAACCAUGCCCGAGGCCAAGGCGGAUGACAUUGUUGGUCCUGUGACCCACGAAAUCUUUGAGAACAACAUUGUGCACCUGAUGUGGCAGGAGCCGAAGGAACCCAACGGGCUGAUCGUGCUGUAUGAAGUGAGCUAUCGGCGAUACGGCGAGGAGGAGCUCCACCUCUGUGUUUCCAGGAGGCAUUUUGCUGCAGAACGGGGCUGCCGACUGCGAGGGCUGCCCCCAGGCAACUAUAGCGUGCGUGUGCGGGCCACCUCCCUGGCGGGCAAUGGCUCCUGGACCGAACCCACCUACUUCUAUGUGACAGAUUACUUGGACGUCCCAUCGAACAUCGCCAAGAUCAUCAUUGGACCCCUCAUCUUUGUCUUUCUCUUCAGCAUUGUGAUCGGGAGUAUUUAUCUGUUCCUGAGAAAGAGGCAGCCAGAUGGGCCUCUGGGGCCGCUGUAUGCGUCUUCAAAUCCCGAGUACCUCAGUGCCAGUGAUGUGUUUCCCUGUUCCGUGUACGUGCCCGACGAGUGGGAGGUGCCCCGCGAGAAGAUCGCGCUCCUGCGGGAGCUGGGCCAGGGCUCGUUUGGCAUGGUGUACGAGGGCAACGCCCGGGACAUCGUCAAGGGCGAGGCUGAGACCCGCGUGGCCGUGAAGACCGUCAACGAGUCUGCCAGCCUGCGCGAGCGCAUCGAGUUCCUCAACGAGGCCUCGGUCAUGAAAGGGUUCACCUGCCAUCACGUGGUCCGCCUCUUGGGGGUGGUGUCCAAAGGUCAGCCGACGCUGGUGGUGAUGGAGCUGAUGGCUCAUGGAGACCUCAAGAGUUACCUCCGCUCGUUGCGCCCAGAGGCCGAGAACAACCCUGGCCGCCCUCCCCCGACCCUGCAAGAGAUGAUUCAGAUGGCGGCGGAGAUCGCCGAUGGCAUGGCCUACUUGAACGCCAAGAAGUUCGUUCACCGGGACCUCGCGGCGAGGAACUGCAUGGUGGCCCACGACUUCACCGUCAAGAUCGGAGACUUUGGGAUGACCAGAGACAUCUAUGAAACUGAUUACUACCGGAAAGGGGGCAAGGGCCUACUCCCGGUGCGCUGGAUGGCCCCUGAGUCACUGAAGGACGGCGUCUUCACCACAUCUUCUGACAUGUGGUCCUUCGGCGUGGUCCUUUGGGAAAUCACCAGCUUGGCAGAGCAGCCUUACCAAGGUCUAUCGAACGAGCAGGUGUUAAAGUUUGUCAUGGAUGGGGGGUAUCUGGAUCAGCCGGAAAACUGUCCGGAUCAAGUCAUCACCCUGAUGCGCAUGUGCUGGCAGUUCAACCCCAAGAUGCGGCCGACUUUCCUUGAGAUCGUCGACCAACUCCAGGACGACCUGCACCCCAGCUUCCCGGAGGUGUCCUUCUUCCACAGUGAGGAGAACAAGGCGCCCGAGAGCGAGGACCUGGAGCUGGAGUUCGAGGACAUGGAGAGCGUCCCGCUGGACCGCUCCUCGCACCUGCAGCGGGACGAGGUGGGGGGCCGGGACGGCGGGUCCUCGCUGAGCCUCAAGAGGAACUAUGACGAACACAUCCCCUACACCCACAUGAACGGGGGCAAGAAGAACGGGCGCAUCCUGCCCCUGCCCCGCUCCAGCCUGUCCUAA